AUGCAAUAUAUAACUAAUGUAGAAAAUCAAGUUAAAUCUGCAAAAAAUUAUUUAGAACAGGAGAAAUUAAGAAAUAAAUUCAAAGUUAUUCAAUAUAAAGAGAAUGACUUUGUGCACUCACUUGGCUUUGUUACUCCAUUCCUUAAAGAUUUGCAAAACUUACAAAAUAUUACUGAGAUUAUUAUUGACUCCACAUUUAAAACAAAUCAGGAAUGUUUUGAACUUUUUGUACUAUUUAUUUUAUUAUAUUUUAGGUAA